ACACACACACACACACACACACAUACAUACAUACACACACAGACAUUUGCCGAUCUCGACGAACUGAAUCGAAUGGUGUAUGACACUCGGCCCUCCGGGCCUCGGUUAAGAAGUCGAUUUUUACAGUGAUUGCAUAGCCUUUCUUUAUAUGAGAAAGGCAAAAACGUUUUUUUUCAGGAACACCCUAAUAUCUUUUUUUAAUUUCUUGUAUAACACUAACUAAAAGAGAUAGAGCUUUAAUAUAUUCAACAAAUUUAUUCGAAAUAAGUUACUUUACCACUUUGUGGAAGACUGUGGAGCUCUAUCUUUCAUCAGUAAAAAGUUUAUUUUCGUAUUUUAGAUAAAUUAGAACCACCCUAAUAACUAUUCCAAUAAAAAGAAGCAUCUUCUGAUGUACACAAAUUCAUCCUAAGACAUGAUACGGCUAAAUUAUACAGGUUUGUCAGAAAGUAAAAAUUCCUCCUAAAUUAGCGAUCUGGACCACUGUGCAGUGUGAUAAAGUGAAGAGUGCAUUUUUCUAAGUAUAAAUAUUUCCAGUCCUUGUUAAUCAGAAACUUGUGAUCAAGUUUUAAACAGUUAAUGGUUACCACAAUUUAUCUUGAAUCACUUAAAUUUAGAAAGGUCCAAGCGUAUAAUAGGUAAGUAAAUCCAUUUUUUUCUGAACAGGCUGGGAGUUGCUCUAGAUUUUAAUACUUACAAAAGGUUAGAAUUUUUCACCGCUCAACAGUUUAUGGAAUGUAGAAGUCAUUAAAUAUAAUAUGCAAUCAUCAUUAUAUGCAACUAGACCAAGGAACAAAAAAGCAUGUUACAGAAUUCAAUGAAGUAAAUAUCUUAGAAACGAUCAAUCAUUGCAUUCAAACCUGUAACUUUUACGCGCAAUACAAAACAAACAUUUACACUAGAACGCAAACUCUUCGACAGAUAUGAAACACUUUGUUACUAUUUCGAUUAAAAUGUUGAUAUGCAAAUAAUUAAUGUUUCGAUUAUAUCACUAUGCGUUUAUAUCAAUACUCGUUUAUAUCACCCUCGAUUAGGGGAACAUGGGGAGACUUGACCAAGCGCAAAAUUCUAUUAUUAGCUAUGACGUGUUCUACUAGGUUCCUAAUUUUUUUUCAAAAAUAUUUUUAUACUUGUUUCUACCCCUAAAAUAAUUUUGAAAGUUUUGAAUGAGAAAUACUUUCCUUAUAGAAAAUAUACCGGAUUUAAUAAAUUUGUGUUAAAUGAUGUAAUUUUUUGUCGAACUUUGUAUGGACAUAUCUACUCGACUAUUAAUUACCUUUUAAUUACUCAUAUAUCAUCUUAUUCCUUAUGAAAUGGUGAAAUGGUUUUACAUAAAUCGGAACAUUGGAAUAGAUAUUACUAACAUUUGCACGACAUUUUACACAACAACUAAUGUUGGGUGGACUUGACCAAGAUUUUAUGGGCAAACUUGACCAAGUGGAAAUAAACUGAAUAAAGAUUCAGAAUUUCUGAUAGUUACUAUGCUGUGGUACCUACUGUUAAUGAUAAACACGUCACAAAAAUUCCCACCUCAAACAUCAGUCUCUAUCUUUUAGUACUAGUAAACAAAGUUAGCAGUAAUAUGGCUGAUUUCGUGAGGUAUGAACAAGCAAUGCACAGUGGUCAGAAUCCAGAAUUUAGGAUGACAAAAACAUUUGUGACUAAACUACUGGUUCUAGAGAUUUCAUGUCUUCGGAACAAAUAAUCUGUGUCAAUUGGGGCAUCUUUUGAAAUGGGUGACAUUAGGGUGUGUAACCUCCAUGAUCGGUUACAUUAUAAAUCUCGACCGACGGUGUAAAUAAUAAAUAACUUAAAUAUAUAAUAUGUACAUAUACCCUAGAUACGUUUUGAUAUGUUUACCUUUUUAUAAUAUUUUGAAUUAUUUUUAUUUUUUUAAUUAAUAAUUAUUAGUAUCACCCUAUUGUAAAUAUUUAUUUAAAAUUUGAAUUUGCUAUAGGGGAGACUGAGGAGACUUGAUCCCCUUUUUUAUUUUUCAAUCCUACUCCGUGGAAUGAUACAAAAACUAUGUAUUUUUUGUAGUUUUAUAUUGUUUCUAGGGUUGACUGAUAAUCAUAAAAAAAUUACAUGGAAAUAAUAUACUGGACAUGAGCUAUGAGCAUUUUUGGAAAACAACAAAAAACUGGAAAAUUCUUAGAUUAGUGGAGACUCGAUCCCCAAUUUGGGGACACUUGAUUAUUUUUUGAAAACGUGCUUAAAAGAGCAUGUUGGGUAAUAAGCCUAUUUUUACCCUUUUUUCUAUUAUCAUCCUACCCAUCUGAAGCCUUUGGUUAGAGCAGCGUCUGCCAUCUUUGCUCAACGCAUUGGCUCAAAUGGUGUUGCGAUAAUUGGGGUACUCGAUGAGAGUUUUUGCUGCGCUCAAACAGAAGAUUUUCACCAUUUUCAAGACAAUUUUGUUAUUAUAUUGGCUCCUAAUAAGAGGCGAAUGACCUUAAGGCUAAAACCUCUAUAAUCGAAAUAAAAAAUGGCUCCUAAUAACUAAGCAAAGAAGCUGAAAUAAUAAAAUUAAUAAUGAAAGAAUGUGGUACCUUCCCUAAUAGGACAAAAAAAGGUACCUAACCCCAUUCAAUGUUAUAAAUGUAUUGUGGUAUUGAUUAAAUUGGUGUGGUUACAUGUUACUAUUUUUGUUACUACAUAUUACGCAUCUCUCACAAGGUUUUUUUUACGAAUUCCCCAAAUCUCUGUGCAAUUAUUUGAAAGCUGUCGUUAUUAUGGUUGAGGAACGUCAAAUGUGGGAUGCAUGGUUGCUACGUAUACUGUAGUAAACAAUUACAGUUAAGUUUCUGUACGAUGAAGCGUUCAUUUUUGACAGUAUUUUUUUGUUAUUUUAUGGCAACAAUGACUUCAAUUGUUCUGGUGUGAAUUUGGUUAUUUUCAGUGGUGUGGAUGAAGCAUGGCGAAGGGGAUCAAAUCUCCACGAAUUUGAAGGGAUCAAGUGAACCCAUAGCAUCUGUUUCAGCAAACUUUAGUACAAGUAUAGUUGAACAAAAAAAUCAGCUCAAUCAUAACGUAUUCAUAUAAUUGACAUUCUCCUGUAAUUCUGUAUGCAAAAGUAUAGUAUGUAGUGGGUGACUUUAUCAUUUUAUAAAAGUUUGAAAAUUUAGAAAAUAAAUCUUCUUCAGUUCUUCUAAGAUUUUCUUCUUUGAAUCGGUAAAAAUUCGGUAAUACAUGUCCAAUUUAUUUUUUUGUGUUAAAGAAAAUUAUGUUUAGAUAAAGCUGCGCAACUUUCUAGUAUAUUCGAUUAAUGUAUUCUGAUCCGCCUUUGAGUUACACUGAUGGGAUCAAGUCUCCCCGGGGAUCAAGUCUCCUCAGUCUCCCCUAAAAAUACCCAAUGCCCCUCGAUCCUUUGCUUGUCCCAAUUAUCCCACCGAUACAAUUGCGCCCUGCGAAAGACUGUUAUCUCGCUCUGAUAGCAAGAGUCAUCUCGCUUGCUAUGUACCGUGAAGAGCGGAAAUAUCCACCACCCAGGACUUCGUGGGAUAUAUAAGCAGGAGCCGACAAGCAUUCGGUCUCUUUUUUGGUAACAAAGUAACUAGCAUAAAAUUCGAUAUAGGUCGUUUUGGUUACCAAGUAUUUUUUCAACAGUGAUAGUGUUGGUUGUUGGUACGCGCUGUGUGCGGUAAAACUGUUAGUGCCAGUUGUUUCGCCUAAGUGGAAGAAUGCUGACCGGCGAUAUCGGAUCGAAAAGUUAUCGAGGCCGGUACUAUUGAAAGACCUGUGCAUUUUACAUUACCGACGGCUGAUUCAGUGCAACAUACGUUCGGUCUGUCACGACCGGCCCGUUCCGUCAAUUAGCGGAGACACCACACCAGUCGGCGCAGCGUAGUUGACCCAACGGCAGUAGAUACAACAUGCUCAAGAGGAAUGAGCGAAUCAGGUGCCCAAUAUUGUUUUCCUUCCCAACAUUAUUAACCCUUGACAGCACAUGUAAAAUUAAAUGAAAUGAUGAACUAAAUAUUUUUCUUAUGGUGUUGUUUUUAUUAUAAUUAUUUCUUAAGAUUAAUAAAAUGUAGUGAUCUAAAUAUUUUUCUUAUUAUAUUUAAAUAUUAUAUGAGCCCUUUCCGCUCUCUAGUACUUUUGAUUUCCGCUGUCGAUAUUUAUAUGGGAAGUGUUUCCGCAAUUUUCUCCCGGAUAGACCCUAACCGAGCACGUGUAAAAAAGUAGUGCAAAAAACCGAUAUUGAAUUGUUAAAUUGUAACAAAUGGCGCCCAACGCUAAAUAAUUAUAAAAAGGUUUUCAAUUUUAAACAAAAUUGCUACCCUUUUUUUACCAGGCUCCGGGAGGAAUUGCAACCAAUAUAAAAUUGUUUGAAAUUUUUUUAACCAUUUUCAGGUUAUAUUUAUAUGAUUAUAUUUGUAAUUCAAGUGAUUUAUAUAAAGUGCAAAAAAAUCUUUCCGGGUGAUGAUAAUUACUUUAGUGAUACAUUUUACCGUCUCUAUUGUUUGACCAUUUACCAGAAUUCAGCCCUUUUCAUUUAGACUGACGAUUGAGAUUAAUUUCCGGGGAUUGAGUGAUCGUUACCUAGUUCUUUUGUUCUCAUUUGAACGCUUUGUUUCGAAACCAAUUGUUCUUUUUUUCGUUUUGAAAAUGGCAGAGGCUCAUCUAAAUUUUGAUCAAGCAGUGGAAUGGAUGAAAACGUGGUACUACGAAAUGAGGAUAGAUCACUUAGAACAAGAUGAAAUAGUUUUUGAAACUACAGUUAGAGCCAUCGUAAUUCGAGAGGAUCCCACGUUUUCCCGAAGAAAACGUAGCUUACGGGACCACCCAAAAAUUGAAAAAGAAGAAAAUAGGUUAUACGAUGCUCAACUGUCAGUUGACAUUGAAGAAGAAAUUCUUUUAUAUCAGCAAAAAUGUGCUGAAAUUUGUGGUAGGCUAAAACGAAUCUAUAGUACCAUAAUGAGCCGGUGUAAAACACGAUUGUCACAUUACGCUCACCGUAGUUAUUAGCUCCUUAACCAAACAAAUAAGACUUCGGACUAGAAAAUACACUUAAAACAUUAUUUUUUCAAAUCGUAAAUACAAUUAUAUCAGAAUUUCACCCUGAACUGGAACGCGACGGGAACGCAGACAGUGAUCAUGGAGUUUUACACGAUGAUGAUACACCAGCUGGCGAUGAGUCCGAAAAUUCUUCGUCACCUGAUGAAUCGCAAGAUCGAAAAAAGAAACGUAAAUCGGUAGAUAUUGAAAUGAUAAAUUCUCUCCAAGGUCGAAUCGAGCAAUUAGAAAACGAAUUGGCAAGUAUGCAGUGCCCGCGUAAUACAGCCCCACCAGGGCCCUCAAAAAAGCAACCCUCCAUUUUGAAAUCGAAAGCAAAUAAUAACGCAUGUCUUGACCAAGCCGGUACAUCAUCCAACACAGCUAGAAAUGCCACUUUACAUCCAACCCUCGAUAACAAUAACCCAUUCUACGUUUACGCGAACCAGUACCAAUACUGGCAACAGUCAAGCAAUCACAACCCAGUUCCAACCGAUCCUCGGGCAUGUAAUCACGGUAGCAAUAAUUGGCAAGAAGUAAUUAAUAACCAUAGGCAACCUUACAAUCAUUCUACGACAGAGUUUAUUCCCACUCCUCCGAGUAAUCACUCUCAGCAAAGGUUACCGGUGUCGAAAUGGCCAAUUUCUAAAUAUGAUGGCGACGAUCAGGGACUUAAACUUAACGAAUUCUUAGAAAUUAAACAAGCAUUAUCUGUGGCGGAACACGUUUCCGAAACCGAGUUAUUUGAGUCGGCGGUGCACUUAUUCUCAGGUCCAGCACUCAAAUGGUACAUGACUAUGCGUAGUACCGGUCGCCUUUUAAACUGGCAAGAUUUGGUGCUAGAAUUACGACGAUCAUUUAUGCAUCCAGACUUAGACGCACUUAUUAAAAUGAAAGUCUAUCAACGUAGACAACAAAGAAAUGAAACUUUCCUUGAAUUUUACCACGAAAUGGAAAGAUUAUUCCGUACAAUGACCAAACAAUUGCCUGACUACGAGAAAGUUCAAAUUCUAUUGCAGUGUUUCCGCACAUCAACGUCUGUAGAGCUGUCGGAUUUUAUGAAGAGGGAAAACUGUUCGGUUUACGGUGCAGUAAGAACUCGCGGUCACAUUAACUAAAUUCAGUAGGUUUAUUCAGUAGGACUCGCCACUUAUUGUAAGCCCUACUGCUCAGUAUAAAGCAAAAACUGUGUAAUUCGACUGUAAUCCAUUGUAGGUAUAUUAGAGAAUUGUAAAGACUGUUUCUAGUGGUAGUAACGAUACUAAUUAAUAAUGACUUUUGAUACUAACUCGUUCUGGUAAUAGUUUGAACUAUAUAUAGGUUGCUACAACUAUUAGAUGAACACAACUUUACUGUCCCGGAAGUGAGAAACUUCUAGAAAACUGACUGCAGUAUGAGUGGUGAACGCAACAAACUGUUCCGUAACGCCUAAGCUAGGUGGUUCAUUAUGCGAUACCUAACUGUCCUGUACUACAGUGAAGUCUCACUUCCUCGAAUUUAUGCGAUCGUAAAGCUGGCGCAAACAUACCGCCCGGCUUGAAAGAUGGAUCUUUCAAUAGAUCCUGAAUUGUACUAUUCAAUCCUACACUAAGAUAUGAAAUACUGCUAAUAAAUUCACUUCUUAUAUGGUAAUAUUAUUGAUUAUGUUAAGUCUGCUGCUGUUGAAUACCUUUUCCCUUCGCUGUUGCUGCUUAAUUAAUAGCUGUGCUGUUAUCAUUUGACCAAUGCGUUGCGUGUUGUGGCGGUCCGUGCACGUAUCCGUAUGCUAUCGUGUUACUUGAUGAUCAGUGGUGUACCGUGGGCGUCGAGGACGGGAGACUUGAGUUCGACUCCGUCAACUGCUAUGCAGCCGGCCUCGAUAAAACAAGACCCGAGCGACUCCGCUGGUCCCACCACUCAUGGUCGUUCUUCUGUGGUUGUCGUCAUCAUGUUGUUGAUGUAGACUAUCCGCAUGCUAUGUGAAUAGAGAUUGUUUGAUGCUUUCUCCGAUGACCAUUUUCGUUGUCCUCCUCCACUUCUAGUAGUACCGAUCUAAGUACGGAAGCUGUAGCGAUGACGUAACAAUUAUGUAUGCCCUGGUGUGCUGAUAUGUCGCCGUCCGUAUCACAUGGCAAGCCUUGACGCUAUUUUGGAUGUGCUCCUCUGCAGUGGUACUAUAUUAUCUGCUUCAAUCCUCUCGCCGAUGAAUUCCUCCGUUGACCAUCUCCACCCCUCGUAUUAUUGAUACAGAUGCCGAAACAGUAGGUAACCAUGCUUGUAGCUCUGACAUAGUGAAUUUUCGUCAUAUGUAACAGUUCCUGUUUGGGAAAGCGGAUCAGUUGCUGUUGCAUUAAUAUCGAAUAAAAAUACUUAACUUGGGAUUAAGUUGGGAUGGCAGUUCUAGUCGCUUCAACCAAAACCGCGCCAUCCCUAAUUGCGUGGUUGCUGGUACCUCGAAGCCACUUCUAGCAUGUGGCUGUAGGCUGAUGAAUGGUGUGCUGUGUUUAGUGCUGGUCGAUGACUAGGUCGUGGCCAUCGGGUAGAUGCGGUGAAGGCGUGGAGUGAUAUUAGCCAGCUUCGCUGAUACUGACUCGCAUGAGGAGACUGUUGGCUGAGUGCACUGCUGAGUUACUGUCCUGAUUUAGCGGGUGUGGUGAUUAGUCUUCGAAGGAGUGAUUACUGGACGGGUUGAUAUGCUGGGCUGAAAGAUGCUUCGUAUUAUUCAGCGGGCCUGUACCGCUGACAGGCUGACGUUGAUUUCGAUGAUUCAGCGGGCUAGUGCCGCCGACUGGCUGAUGACGUACUCAACGAUAACGAUGUACAUUCCCUGAAACGUAGGCCCCAUGGCCUCCGCGACCGCUCUUGGCGACGAUGACUCCGUCGGUUGUGCUGGCUGCAUAUCCGGAGUGAGGGCCGGAUUCUGCCCGGUUGUAUAUUCUGCUGUUGGGAUGAUUCUGCCUCUCGCAAAUAAAAUCUUAUAGCUUUUGCGAUCGUUCCUCGGUGACGAUGAUAUGUAAUGAAUAUGUUGUAUAAAUUCCAUCCAGUACGCUUCUCCUUGCAUUUUCUUAAACUGAUUUGCUUGCGAACCCUGUCCGAAUUGUAUCUGCUGAAUCUUGCGAGUUAAGCUGCUGAUAUCUUCAUGACGAAACUGUGCGUUGUGUAUCAGUGUAGCCGACGAAGUGAACUGUAUCCUCAUCUAGUGUGUAUACUGAGCUGCUACCUGAUCUGUCCCCGCUGCUGCGAAGACUUGUCUCCCAAAGAUGGACAGACAGACGAGCAAUCUCUCCCGUGAUCGUCCGGAAAGAGACUGUGCUUGCUACGUUACAAGCUCGAAUGACCUUCUGUCGCGCACCACAGUAAAGUCAUUGACAUUCCGCUGAAUGGACCUUAAUGUUGCCCCCGAGUAUCGUAGGGGUGCCUGAUUGAUUGUGAGCAGGACUGGUUGGUGUCAUGAAGCUACAGCGAACGAAGACCGAAUUCGCUGCUGAAGUUAAAGGGUCGUUUCCCUUCCUGAAGAAUGUUGUUGAAGUAACUGUGCAGUACCCCAAUCCACUAGAUCCGCAAGCGACUGAUCGGACAAGAUAGAAAACUGCCUCUUCUUGGUUUGUCUCCGAACAAUGAAAUGGAUGUAUGCAUGUAGGAAAUCCGUGUCUGUCAGGUUCAGGUUCUGAUGGAAGUUGUCUCGGACGAAUAUGGUCAGCGGUAGAAAAAGUAAAGCGAAUUUCGAAGAGGAUUUAAUUUCAGGUGCAGUGAUCUUGCCUAAACUCGGCCGAACAUAUGCCCGUGCAACUCACCUGACCAAGAAAUUCGAACGACCUCCUCUUCGUGCCUUCCUUCGCUUCCAAUAAGAAGAUUGUUUUGAUGGGUGGGUGGAUUGCUAAUAGGGCUCAUUAUUAUGCAUGAAAUAUAAAAUAAGAGUUCAUUGAUUUAUUUAAUUCAACCAAAAAUUAACAGUGGCUUCGUGCCACUAAAUGAUAAUGAUAUUAAUGUUGAUACUGUUCCUGACGACUGACGAUGAUGAUAUUAAUGUUAAUACUGUUCCUGACGACUUAUGCAUCGUGCAUCAAUGUGUGAUGCUUGUGGCUGCAUCGCAAGCACCGCGAAUCCUGAGUGCAGGUUUUCAUCUGGUGAUCCGCGCUGAAGCAAUUUACGCAUAUACGGCGACGGUUGACAAACUCCAGUCUCGCUGUCGACGAUUGUUGUUUGAACUUUACACAUCUGCACAGAAAGUGUCGGUCCCCGCAAUAGUGGCAUUUCAGCGGAAUUAUUUUGUCGCAUUGUCCUGCCUUUACCUUUGCUGUCACUACUGUCUUAGAAUAGUCUUCCUCCGCUUGCCGUGCCUGCUGAAGAAGCUGCAGAAGUGCGUUCUCCACAAACUCGUCGUGUCCUGUACCGAGUCCAAGUGCGCUUUUAAACCACCAUUUCCGUACCAAGGUCGACGCUGCCUUCAACCAAACCGCUUCCUCAGAACCCGUCGGACCGGUGAGCUGACUAGCCACGGCCAGCAAAUGAGUUGCCGCCGUUCUUAAUGAAAUAGCACGAUCCGAACAAUGACUGUCCAUUACGCACGUGUCAGAUACUUUUAAGAACGACGAAUCAGCCCAGAGAAACAGUGGUAGGCGAACUCCGAUUAAAUUUCUCACGCGACAAUUGAAUCCCGCAUAACGAACGAUAUUUCGACAAACGUUUCCAGUUAUUAAACCACGCGAAUCGACCGACGAACAUAAAUUGCAAUGGCGUGAACCGAGCUGUGUACUUUCACCGUUAGAAUGAAGAAAAAAGAUGACGUUUUGUUUCGCUCGUGUCAUAUUGACAUUUCUGCGCGGCGGAGACGGAUUCUGGUUCUGAUGCCAAGACGGUUGUUGGCAGUUGAAAGGUGGGCGCGUUUUAAUUUACGGUGAUUUUUUAUGUUGGGUAACUAUAAGUAUUCUAACGUGUACUUUGCAGUGCAAUCCCAAUUAUUUAUUUUUUCUAAGUAUAAUAAGGUACACAAGGAUGGCAAAUUUUGUCAAUUUCACACGGUCGACACUGGUGUGGCACAUAUCUUUCCGAUAGCUGCAAACCACUAGACUGUCGGUUUCACUAUGCCAUACUGUUUGUUCUUUAUGAUGGAAGAUUUUCGCCCGAUCGGUAUGACUGGGUGGGCACACUCACAUAAUGACGCGCUUUACCAGCCGAUCAUGAUUUGCAAUGGUUAUGUUCUGUUUUUAUUGGUGCAAAUACACUUUUCCACUAGCACAUGGUAACGCGCGUCGUCACAUAACCUGGCUUCUUUGCGCCAGCUUUAUAUUUGUUCGCACAGCAUUCUUCUGUCCUGUUCAGGACUAUUUGAAUGAUUUCACGAGAUACGACUACAUUGUUCGACACUUUUACGUUUCGCGACCGGCGUAACGUAUUGAAAUCCGACAGCGGAUAAAUACGGCUCGAAGGACCAAAAUGUUUCCGCACAUCAACGUCUGUAGAGCUGUCGGAUUUUAUGAAGAGGGAAAACUGUUCGGUUUACGGUGCAGUAAGAACUCGCGGUCACAUAAACUAAAUUCAGUAGGUUUAUUCAGUAGGACUCGCCACUUAUUGUAAGCCCUACUGCUCAGUAUAAAGCAAAAAUUGUGUAAUUCGACUGUAAUCCAUUGUAGGUAUAUUAGAGAAUUGUAAAGACUGUUUCUAGUGGUAGUAACGAUACUAAUUAACUGUGAAUAAUGACUUUUGAUACUAACUCGUUCUGGUAAUAGUUUGAACUAUAUAUAGGUUGCUACAACUAUUAGAUGAACACAACUUUACUGUCCCGGAAGUGAGAAACUUCUAGAAAACUGACUGCAGUAUGAGUGGUGAACGCAACAAACUGUUCCGUAACGCCUAAGCUAGGUGGUUUAUUAUGCGAUACCUAACUGUCCUGUACUACAGUGAAGUCUCACUUCCUCGAAUUUAUGCGAUCGUAAAGCUGGCGCAAACAUGCAGAAUAUUAGAAUUGAUUACAAAAAACAAAUAAAUUUUAUUCCCAUCGCAGACUUGGCAACCUUAGUAGCGGCAGGCCAAAAGGUGGACGCGUUAAAUUUUUCAGCCUAUAAUAAAGUUUUUGGAAACGAAAAAUCACUAGCCUCGCGAGGAAAAUUCCAACUCCACUAAACAAACGAGAAAAGACAGGCAGCAAUCUCAGCCUUCACAGCAGCAAUCGAGUUUGCGUAACGCGCCCAAACCUAUUACUAAUCAGUCAUUAAACCACGCGUCCCAACGCAAUGAAUCUCACACUCAAUCUCUCAAUGCCAAUACCGCUAGGAAUUCUAACAGGUCUUUACUUACCCUCGAGGCUCUAAUAGAUGGCCAUCGUCCGCCGCCCUCCAACAAUUGUUUCAACUGUGGUAAAUGGGGUCACAAGAUCCAAACCUGCAGACUACCGAGAGGUGUGUUGUGUGAAAACUGUGGUUUUCGCGGAUACCCUUCUAAUAACUGUCCUUUCUGCAUAAAAAACGGCAUGGCUGCGAACGAAAAUCGCCGUCCGCAAAGCCCGUAAUUGCGUAUAAAUUCCAAUUCACAUUUUUGUUUAAUUUCCAAAUUGCUCCAGAAAAUGUUUAUGAAACUACUCCAUCAACAUUCUCCAUUUCAUACCCUUAUCCCAAUGAUAACCGACCGUAUACCACCGUGAGUUUGUACGGUAAUAAGGUUUCGCGCAUUAUUAGAUAAUGACAGCAAUUUAACCAUAAUUAAUAAAUCGGUAUAUACACAAUUAAAGUCUCCCAAAGUAUAACCCCUACAAAACGCUAUUUUACUACGCACGGCGAGCGGAGAGCAGCUUGAUAUUUUGGGACAAUUAUAUCUCCCAUUCUGUUUUAACGGGAUGAUGAAAGUUAUUCCUACGCUGGUAGUCCCCAACCUUGCCAUAAACUGUAUUUGUGGCAUGGACUUUUGGAAAAAAUUCAACAUUCAACCCCAGAUUCACGAAUGUCUCUCAGUGGAAGCCGAUGACGAGUCGACUAUCAGUAACCAUCAACAGUUCUCAAUGCCGAGGAAGAAAAUUGUAUUGCAGAGAUAAAAACCUUAUUCUUAUCGGCAAAACAGGGCGAACCACUUACAUUGACUCCCCUAGCUGUUCACCGCAUCGACAUCCAAGAUGAGUGGAAGCGAAAACCUCCGAUUAGACAGUUCCCCUACGUAAUGUCCCCUCGAACUCACGGGAGAAUUACAGCGGCUGCUUAAAGCAGGCAUAAUUGAACGCAGCAAUUCUGAAUGGUCUUUAAACUGCGUAACCGUUAUCAAACCGAACAAAGUCCGACUUUGCCUGGACGCACGCAAAAUAAACGAGCGCACUAUUCGGGAUGCAUACCCUUUACCACACCCUUGUCGCAUAUUGGGGCAGCUUCCGAAAGCGAGAUAUUUAUCUACUAUCGACCUAUCGGAAGCUUUCCUUCAGAUACCUCUCGACCCACACUCCAGAAAAUUUACGGCAUUCAGUGUGCAAGGAAAGGGUCUAUUCCAAUACACCCGAAUGCCAUUUGGUUUAGUUAACAGUCCCGCCACGCUUGCCAGACUAAUGGACCAGGUUCUUGGCCACGGCAUUUUAGAGCCAAAUGUCUUCGUAUACCUCGAUGAUAUUGUCGUGGUAACGGAGACAUUUGAGCAACACGUGCGCUUACUGCGCGAAAUUGCCAAGCGCCUGAGGUAAGCAAAUCUAAGCAUUAACAUAGAAAAGUCCCAGUUCGGAGUCUCUGAAACCCCAUUCCUAGGUUAUCUCCUUGGUACGAAAGGUCUGCGUACUAACCCUGACAAAAUCAGGCCAAUUGUCGAAUACGCAAGACCGGAUACCGUAACCAAACUGAGGAGAUUUCUAGGAAUGGCGAACUAUUACCGUCGAUUUAUACCAGGAUUCAGCAUUACCUCUGCACUGACAGACCUUUUAAAAACUAAAACAAAAAAGAUUAUAUGGAACGAUUAUGCCGAGAAAGCAUUUUGUGACGUCAAACAACACACAUUCUCAACACUAAAUGGAAAGUUGGGUCCCGAUGCAGUAGGUGGAAUUUGGUUCUGCAGCAGUAGGGGAACAUGGGGAGACUUGACCAGGUUUUCAGCUAAAACUGCAUAAAUCUCUAAAAAGGUCUGCAAUCCAUUAAAAGUCAUUGAGAUAUAAUGCGCAAAGUUAUUGUGCGUCUUCAUGAUUUUUUGCAGAAUUUUUAAUUUAAAUUUUGAAAAGUUACAAAAGUUUUUCAGAGGUCGUGGGGAGACUUGACCAAGGCGUGGGGAGACUUGACCAAGAGAUUUUUUAAAAAUCAUAACAAAAAAUAAUGACAUAAAACAUACUGUAAUUAUUUUUUUCCAUAUUGUCGAGAUCUUUAGGUAGCAGUAAAAAAUAUAAAAGGGUUGCAUUUGAUAAAUUUAGAUUUUUUAUAAUGCAUUUCUUUUUAUGCAUUAACUGUACUGCUUGCAUUGCAUGUUCACACAUCACGAAAUCAGUCCUACUAUUACUAACUUUGUUUACUAAUACUAAAAUAUAAAGAGGUAGGAUUUUCUAUGGCGUGAUUAACAUUAACAGUAGAUACCCAAAGCAUAAUAAAUAUCAGGAAUUUUGAAUCUUUCUCCAGCUAAUUGCCACUUGGUCAAGUCUCCCCAACAUUAGUUAUUACGUUCAAUGUCAUUCAAAUUCUAGUAAUAACUAUUCCAAUGUUCCAAUUUAUGUAUAAUCAUUUCACUGCUUCACAAAGAUUAAGAUGGUAUAUUAGUACAUUAUUAGUAAUUAGUAGUCGAGUAGAUAUGUCCAUACAAAGUUUGAUAAAAAAUUACAUCAUUUAAUGCAAAUUUAUUAAUCACGUAAUAUUUUCUGUAAGGAAAGGAUUUUUCAUUCCAAACUUUUAAAGUUACCUUAAGGGAUCGAAACAAGUAUAAAAAUAUUUUUGAAAAAAUUUUAAGAAUCGAAUAGAAAACACCAUAGCCAAAAAUAGAAUUUUGCGCUUGGUCAAGUCUCAUCAUGUUCCCCUACGACAUGACGGUGGCACACCGGAAAGGUAAAGACCAUAUCGUUCCAGAUGCCUUGUCCCGAAGCACUGCUGCGAUCCAGCCUUCACCUGCCGCAUCGUGGCGCAAUUCACUAAUAGCAAAAGUACAACUUAAACCAGACGACCACAUAGAUUUUAAAGUUGACAACGGUCAACUCUACAAGUUUGUGACAUCAAAAGGCGAACCCUACGACAGUCGUUUUGAGUGGAAACUAAUUCCCGAACUGGAUGAGGUCACUCAAAUCAUCAGGGAGAAUCAUGAUGAUGUAUUCCACCCAUGCUUUGAAAAAACCCGCUCUAGAAUUCAAAAGCGAUACUACUGGCCCCAAAUGACCACAAACAUUCGGUCUUACAUUCAAAAUUGUCAAACCAGCCGACGUACCGGUGGCGCCCGAAAUGGAUAAAUUUAGGGAGGCCUCUCGACCGUGGCAAAUAAUAUCUUUAGAUUUUGUCGGUCCUUUGCCACGCAGUCGCAAAGGUAAUCAACAUAUGUUAGUUAUAACCGACUAUUUUUCUAAGUGGGUUUUGAUACAUCCCUUACGAAAGCUUGAGAGCUCAGCCAUGUGUGCGAUUCUUCGCGACCACUGGUUCUUUCGAAAUUCCGUCCCAGAGAUAGUAAUUUCCGAUAAUGGAAGUCCUUUUAUCUCUAAGGAAUUCAAGAACUUGGUGGAUCGUUUCGGAAUAACACACUGGCUGAACUCCAAGUAUCAUUCUUAAGCAAACCCGAUCGAGAGGGUGAAUCGAACGAUAAACGCUGCCAUUCGGACAUACGUUCAAGAUGAUCAGCGCCUAUGGGAUACAAAACUACCUGAAAUAGAAUUAAUCUUAAACACCAGCAUUCACUCUGCUACUGGGUUUACUCCGUAUUUUGUGACACACGGCCACGAACUAUCGGAAAGGGGGACCGACCAUCGCCUAUUUCGUCACGGGAAAAAUUGCUCAGAGGAGGAAAGAGAAUCAAAGCGUAAACAAAUGUUUACAAAAAUCUACGAUUUGGUCAUCAAAAAACCUGGCCAAAGCACACGAGACCGCGCGAAGGCAUUAUAACCUCCGACACAGACGGUUUUCCAAAUCCUUCUGCCAAGGUCAACUCGUUUUCAGAAGAAACACUAAACUGUCGAGCGCGAUCGAGCACUACAACGCGAAGUACGGCCGACAAUACCUACCGUGCAAAAUAUCUGCGAAAGCCGGAUCGAACUCAUACCGACUGGAAGACCUAUCAGGGAAAGAUCUGGGGGUUUGGCCGGCCAUUCAUUUAAAGCCGGGUUAAAAAAACACUAGGUCUUAAUUUCAUUCUUUAUUUGGUUAGGCUGUAUCCUUGUAUCGGGGUGGGAAUCUGAAAAAAAAGAAAGAUUUUUAAUUAUAAAAUAUAUACUCACCUGAAGCAAUGAAUCCCCGACGAUUUCCCCGGUAACAUAAUCUAAGAAAAAGAGGUCCAAAUUAGCCACCAAAACACCUUAAAAAACAUUUCCUCACCUAAAAUAAGCAAACCUACUUUCGGUCAUCCAUUCUUCAACAUAAUGUUUUGUAUUUGUUGAUUCUCUGCUGUCAUUAUCGUUUUGACGUCUGACAUUCUCCUCCGUUCAAGAGUUGACGGGUGGCACAAAAGUGGGUUCUAUGAAAAAGAAAGGCAACCCGGUGCAUUCGAUGUUAUAUGUGAGGGAACACGGAGCACAGUGGGUCAAACCUGAUCGACUAUGUAAAUUUAUUAUUAAUCUAAAUUCGAUCAGUUCGUCGACAAACUAAAAUGAUCAUAAUUGAGAAAGCCUAUAGAAUAGGUAUAAUAUUAGGGCGCCUUAGAAUAGAGAUAGAUUUUUAGUUAAGGAAUGAAUGUCUGAGGAAAGAAUGCGUGAUGUGAAGCAUGAGAGAUAAGUGAUUGAUGUGAAUGAAAUGCCUGAAUGUAAGAUGCGAAUGUGAUAUGAUUGAAAGCGUGCGAAUGUAAGAAUGAGUGAGAAAAAAAAAGAACAAGUGGGUUUUAAUAAUACUUAAAAACUUUUGGUCUUAGUUUACAUGCUAAUGACCGGAUAAAAAGAUAAGGAAGAUGUUUUCUUGAUAUCUUUGAAAUCUCCUUCCAUGAGUAAUUCACCUAGUCAAUCUAGUCAACCUUUCUUGGCAGGAAUUUGGAUGAGUUCUGGUAUUAUGGUCAAAUGAGGGAGUGGUAUGAAAUACUAUUUUAUCUGACGGAUCCUGAGAUUGCAAAACAGCACAAUUAAUAAAAAUCACCCUGAAUCACAAAUAUACUCUUCCGUGGCGAGUCUCACCAAUUGAAAAUCCUAUAAUACAGCAGAAAAGAUCCUUUGGGAAAAUCAUUGUUCUGUAUUAAAAUGGAUAUUCAAAGGGCAGUAGGCCCACGAUUUAUAAUCUGAAAUUGGAUACCCCAAAUCAAACUUCUUUUGAACAUGGCGAGUCUCACCGCUCUAAAUUCAAAUAAUGUGGUAGAAAAGAGCUCCUUAUGGAUCAAUCAUUGUUCUACAUCAUCUUGGAAUUGCAGUGGCAGCAGGCCCAUGGCUUAGUCAACAUAUUUUAGAUUUUUUUUAUAAACAUGGCGAGUCUCACCGCUCUGAAUUCAAAUAAUGUGGUAGAAAAGAGCUCCUUAUGGAUCAAUCAUUGUUCUACAUUACCUUGGAAUCGCAGCGGCAGUAGGCCCAAAUACUUUUUUUUCUAACCGGCUCUGGGAGGAUUGUAACCUCCAUGAUCGGUUACAUUAUAAAUCUCGACCGACGGUGUAAAUAAUAAAUAACUUAAAUAUAUAAUAUGUACAUAUACCCUAGAUACGUUUUGAUUUGUUUACCUUUUUAUAAUAUUUUGAAUUAUUUUUAUUUUUUUAAUUAAUAAUUAUUAGUAUCACCCUAUUGUAAAUAUUUAUUUAAAAUUUGAAUUUGCUAUAAAAUACCGAAUGCCCCUCGAUCCUUUGCUUGUCCCAAUUAUCCCACCGAUACAAUUGCGCCCUGCGAAAGACUGUUAUCUCGCUCUGAUAGCAAGAGUCAUCUCGCUUGCUAUGUACCGUGAAGAGCGGAAAUAUCCACCACCCAGGACUUCGUGGGAUAUAUAAGCAGGAGCCGACAAGCAUUCGGUCUCUUUUUUGGUAACAAAUGAUAGUGUUGGUGACAGUACGCGCUGUGUGCGGUAAAACUGUUAGUGCCAGUUGUUUCGCCUAAGUGGAAGAAUCCUGACCGGCGAUAUCGGAUCGAAAAGUUAUCGAGGCCGGUACUGUUGAAAGGCCUGUGCAUUUUACAUUACCGACGGCUGAUUCAGUACAACAUACGUUCGGUCUGUCACGACCGGCCCGUUCCGUCAAUUAGCGGAGACACCACACCAGUCGGCGCAGCGUAGUUGACCCAACGGCAGUAGAUACAACAUGCUCAAGAGGAAUGAGCGAAUCAGGUGCCCAAUAUUGUUUUCCUUCCCAACAUUAUUAACCCUUGAUAGCACAUGUAAAAUUAAAUGAAAUGAUGAACUAAAUAUUUUUCUUAUGGUGUUGUUUUUAUUAUAAUUAUUUCUUAAGAUUAAUAAAAUGUAGUGAUCUAAAUAUUUUUCUUAUUAUAUUUAAAUAUUAUAUUAGCCCUUUCCGCUCUCUAGUACUUUUGAUUUCCGCUGUCGAUAUUUAUAUGGGAAGUGUUUCCGCAAUUUUCUCCCGGAUAGACCCUAGCCGAGCACGUGUAAGUAGUGCAAAAAACCGAUAUUGAAUUGUUAAAUUGUAACAGGUGGUCCUUAUUGUUUGUACGAUCUGAAAAUUAUUUUCGAAAUAAGAAGAGAUAGAACAAUGAAGUUUUCCGCAAAAUUGCAGUACAACCUUUUUCAAGCAACUUUGCUGAGGACGUCAUAUUUGUAAUUUUAAUGGUUUUAAUUUUACAGCUAUUAAAAUGUUGUGUGAUAGGGUAUCCCUAACAAAAUCAGUUUUUUCGUUAUAACUUUUUUAAUAAUUUUUUUUCCGUCAAUAGCGUC